GAUGACUGGAUAUCUAUUUUUGGAGAUCCUACAAAGUUUGGCCUUGGUUUGUUUUCUGUGGCAUUCGACAUCUUCUUUAUCGUACAGCAUUACGUGCUCUACAGAAAAUCAAACUAUGAAGACAGAACGGAUUGAGAAGAAGAAAAGGCAAGUGAUCAUACAGAAGUUGAUAAUACAAGCCCUGAAGAACAGGAUGGUCUUGUUUGACCCAUCGCAAAAUCGUGUUUAUCAUAUUAUGUAUUUCAAAUAACAAACAGGAAAUGGGCCAAUUAUUUUGUACAAAUAUAUUUAUUGUUCAGUUAUAUUUUAAAAUGUAAUGUAUGGAAUAAAAGUGUUCACUAC